AGCUGUCUUCAGCACUAUAACCACAUCCCGUUACACUGGGGGGAUAGCCUAGCCCCACGAGGAAUAACCAGAGGAAUAGCCCUAGUUUUACACAAUGCUAUCAAGUGGAUGGACAGCACACAAAACCCUCUUGUUGAUGAACUGAGAAGGGUUGAGAAGAUUUAAUCUAGACUGGGGCUGCAUCUUGGAUCUUGGCUCUUUCAGAAAUGCCGGGGCUAACGAGGAGCUGUGUUUUUUGGGUUGUGUCUGCCAUCCUUCUGACAGGAUACUUUGACACAGAUGCUUCGCAUGGAGUUGCUGUGGAUGGUGGUUUGGUAGUGAAACAAGUGAAAUCUCAAGACCCCUCUGGGAUUUCAAGCCAACUGGAGUCAGAUGYAGGUCUGGAGGCUUUGACCCACAAGACACACAAAGGAAAGGGUGCUAUUUCUAGAAGAAAGCGGAAUAUUCUUUUUCCCAGUGGAGUGAAGCUUUGUUCUCAAGAGACUGUAGACCAAGCGAUAGAAAACCACCUGAAGUACUUUCACCAGCGAGUGUGUCAGGAGACGGUGUGGGAGGCGUUCAAGAUCUUCUGGGACCGUCUACCUGAGAGAGAUGAGUACCAGGCCUGGGUUAACUUAUGUCAGGAUGGAACUGUCAGCGUGAUGGAGAUUGGCAGCAACUUCAGCCGAUCAGAGGAGCACGUCUCUCUUGUUAGGGCUAGAGUGGUGAUGACUGCUACUCCGAAUAGUCCAACUGCGGCAACUCCACCAGAAUUGGCCACCACCCAAAAAGAUAAUGAAGUCAUUGUCGUACAGCCAGACACCUUCCCAACCUUGCGAGGAGAUGUUGACAUCAUUCCUGUCACUACUGCAGAACYAGUUGAGGAGGUCACAGAGAUGGUCCUGCCAGAAACGACUGGCUAUGUGACUGAAGAUGCUGACAUCGACGUCACCUCAGAGACCGACGAUACAAUACAGGAGAUAGGAGAGGACGCCACUACCGAAGCUGCCUUUGACGUCAACUCCGAAACAGCAGUUGAAGUCAUUGCUGAGRCUAGUGAUGAGGCUGUCCAGGAGGUUAAUAUGGCUGCUGUUGAGGAGACAUCCGAUGCUACCUCAGAUGACACUGUGGAGAUCAAACCUGAACCUAUUGUCACUGUCAUCCACGAGCCCAUUAAUGAGGUUAUUGGGAAAAUGGAUGAGGAAGUAAUCUCAGAUACCACACACAAUACAGUGGAGGAGGCAGAAGACGCUGCUGCUGAGGUCCCACCAGAAGCUGCCAUUGAGAUCCCUGCAGAGGUCACAUCAGAGGCUGCCGUUGAGAUCCCUGCAGAGGUCCCUUCAGAAGCUGCCAUCGAGAUGCCUGUUGGGUCCACAGACAAGGAUAUGACAGAACCUGAAAUAAAAUCUAUUCCAGAAACUUCUUUGGAGGACAUUUCUGAAACCACUUCUGAAGCGCCUUCGGAGUCUGCCACAGAAAUCACUUCAGAUACCAUAGACAAGAGAUCACAGGAGGGCGCCACAGAAAUCACUUCAGAUACCAUAGACAAGGAGAUCACAGAGGGUGCUACAGAAAUCACUUCAGAUACCAUAGACAAGGAGAUCACAGAGGGCGCCACAGAAAUCACUUCAGAUACCAUAGACAAGGAGAUCACGGGUGCUACAGAAAUCACUUCAGAUACCAUAGACAAGGAGAUCACAGAGGGUGCUACAGAAAUCACUUCAGAUACCAUAGACAAGGAGAUCACGGGUGCUACAGAAAUCACUUCAGAUACCAUAGACAAGGAGAUCACAGAGGGUGCUACAGAAAUCACUUCAGAUACAUAG